AUGGCGGCUACCGACUAUACUUCUCCUCCAGCGCGGAUAUCAACGACUUCAUACGAUACAGCGUUGUGCAUCAUCCCACCCGCUUCUCAAUGCGGUCACGUAGAUCAGCUACGGGAACUUUACGACAAGGCCUAUGGGAAGUGGCCACCUCACAUCAACCUCGUGUACCCUUUCGUUGCACCAGAGCAGCUUCCAAAAGCACAGGAGCAAAUUCAAGGGUACUUGGCACAGCAUUUAACCCAAGAGACACCCAUCGAUGUAGAACUGGUUCAAGCCGGUGGUUUCGUGCAAAAGAACAACUUCACCGUAUUUCUUGGUACCGAUGACCGUGGUGAGGAAGACUCGCCUCUCGUUUCGCUGCGUUCGACUGUACUGCAAGCAUUAGGCCAAGGUCCUUCUCGAUUUACUCCCCACCUCACCAUCGGUCAAACACAGGGUAAUCCUCUACUCUCGCAGUCAUACCUCCUACGCAAGGCUCAAAGAUUACCAAACAUACACUUCCGCGUCGGCACGCUCGCUAUCCUUAGUCGUGAGAGAACGACUGGCGCGCUGUCAACUGAUUACAUGCGGUUGUAUGGAACUAUCGAUAUUGGGGGUCCAGGCGAUGUUUGGAGACCUCACAUUCCAGACUACUGGGUGAAACUGUCCACCUCGAAUCCGGCUGCACCCCGACUGGAUGGUGAUGAGACUCAGCAAGAAUCUUUACUUGAGGAUUACGAGGUGCGCGACCAACCAGCUCUCUGCUUCGACCCCAAAGAAUCCAGAUGGUCGCCGCACACAUGCGAGAGCCAGAACGAGGCUGAAGUGAAGGAAAUUACUGUCUCGAGUUACAACGUCUUGGUAGACACCGAGUAUCCGCCGGACCAUGACCGCGACCCGUUGAUUGUGGACACCAUCCUAUCCGAACAAGCGAAGGCCGACGUAUUAGUACUGCAAGAGGUCUCCGACGACUUUCUUGACUAUCUCCUCUUCACUCGUCAGGACAUUGCACACAUAUACCCAUUUGUUUCGCAUGGCCCGCCUUGCCAAAACGAUCUAGGUCCUCUCCCCAGUCUACGGAACGUCGUCAUUCUGAGCCGCUAUCCUUUUAGCUGGCAUUCGGUACCCUUCCAUCACAAACACAAGAGUGCUCUCGUUGCGCGAUUGAGAGGCGUUACGGCAUCUAGCACUAGGGGCUUGGGGAGCUUAGUCGUCGCUGGAGUUCAUUUGACUGCUGGUCUUACUGAUGGCUCAGUCGCUACUAAGAAAGCUCAGAUGGGAACUCUGACACGAUACCUAGAACGGCACUACGAAAGCGAGCCAUGGGUCAUCGCAGGAGAUUUUAACCUAGUCACGUCGACUUACACCAUUGAGACCUCCGUCAAGGACCAGUCCAUAUCCAGCGAGACCGUAUCCCUGUUAGCAACAGUUGAGGCCGAGAUUCGGGAAGCUGGGCUCUCUGAUGCCUGGUCUGUCGCCCGUGUUGAAGGAUUGGACGAAACGAGUACAACUGGAUCUGGUGAUUUGUUCGAGGGCGAAGAGGGUGCGACAUUCGAUCCCCAGAACAACCGACUUGCCGCAGGAACGACUACGACUUCUCACGAUCGGCCACAGCGUUACGAUAGGAUACUAUUUCGGUCGCAGGGUUCACUUCGCAUAGAACGCUUCAACCAUUUCGGCGUUCCGGAGAUGAUCGACGGUGCACAGGUCGCAGCCAGUGACCACUAUGGAGUGAGAGCGAAGAUUAGAGUAAACGAAGCAGUAGCGAGCACCGGAAAUGAAGCAGCCAUCUCAAAUCAGCCUGCCGUGGAACAUAAGCGAGUGGACGAAACUUUGGCAGAGACCACGAGCCUCGUUUCAGUGCUCGAGAUCCACGGCAUGUUCCCGAACGAAGAUCAAGCGAGCAAUCGGCGCGACGCACUUGCAAGCCUCCAGCACAUACUACUGGGUACAUCAGACGAUGGAGAUCCAGCGCAACCUGAGAUACCAUUGGUUAUAGUGCCAGUUGGCUCGUACGCCCUGGGUGUAUGGACUGCAGACUCGGACAUCGACUGCCUUUGUAUCGGCACCAUUAGCUCUAAGACCUUCUUCCGGCUCGCUCGACAACGACUUGUCAAAGCAGAAGUCAAAGGUGUCAGGAUCUUGCGGAAGGUUGAGGCCAGCACCGGCACCAUGCUCGAACUGUCCGUCAACGGCAUAUUCAUGGAUCUGCAGUAUUGUCCUGCGCCCCAGGUCAUUGAGAGGUGGCAUGAGUUCCGGAACAUCCCGGCAUCCGAUCCCAUCUUCAACCUUUCUAUUCUCUCACUCCGCAAGCUCAAGCCUUACCGCGAUUUGCUAUACAUUCAACGUACACUGCCUUCACUAUCUGCAUUCCGCCUAGCUUAUCGUUCCAUCAAGCUAUGGGCUGUCCAGCGCGGCAUGUAUAGUGCGAAGUUCGGGUUCCUUGGAGGCGUACACAUCACGCUCAUGCUCUCAUGGGUCUGCAAAAGACUUGGGCAUGAUACCGGCCCAGUUACGGCUGCGGAUAUCAUUGCGAGUUUCUUCCAUCACUACGCUCAGUUUGAUUGGACAAACGAUAUAGUCUACGAUGCCAUCUUCCACAAGAAGAGGCCACGUUAUUAUCGCAGCGCAAGAGAGCCGAUGGUGGUGUUGGGUUACCACGCACCCAACUCGAAUAUCGCUCAUACGGCUACGGUUCCCGGCCUGCAGCUGCUCGUCAAGGCAUUCAAGACCGCCGAGAAGCAGCUUUGCGAGCCGGGAAUGACAUGGGAGGCGUUCUUCGGCGCACCAUCUGCUCCAGAACCAGAGUCGCAACUCCCUCAUGGAGCUGCAGAGUUCCUCCGCAACUACAACAACUUCGUCAAGGUCGACAUCCAGUUUUGGGGUCGUACAUUGGCGAAGGGCAAGAGCCUAGUCGGUUGGGUUGAGUCUCGGUGCAUCUCGCUCGUCAUAGACAUCCACAAAGCCAUACCCAAGUCGGAAGUACAAAUCUGGCCAGCUCGCUUCGUCGACAGCAGUUCUUUCGACGUGGGCGAAGGCAAAGAGUACCAAGGCUGUUACCUGAUCGGCAUCUCGAAAUCCGAGAAAGCCGUCUCAGCACAUAACGCGGACGACAAGCAAGUCGCCAAGCAAGCUCUGGAAAAGGUACUGGACCGUUUUUUGACGCAGCUGCGAACCGACGAAAAGAACUUCGACGCAAGCACUUCAUGGAUCGAUGCUUCGCUAGUAAGAUCUAGCGAGGUCAAAGGUUUGCGACUGGACGAUCGAGAAUGGGGUGUCUACGCGAUGGACAUAGAUUCCGACUCGGACGACGAAGAAGAUAUCGACGAAGACCUUGAAGACGCCGAUGAGACCAAGCCUCAGCGUACCAUACCACAGCGCCCCAAGCCCACCUCAGCACCUUUGUCGAGAACAAAACUACGUCCUGCAUCCGAUGUUCUCAACCGUCUUCGCUGGGACCCGAGUCUUGAUCCGAGCGAUUACAUUAUCGGAUAUGAAGACCGCUUUUUGGGCGCGAAGGAAACUGGUCUGGAGAAAUGGAAGACGGAGCAGACGGAUGAGGAGUUCAUACCUCAGCAUCGCAUACUGUAUUUCAAGAAGAAGGGUGGAGAAGACGGAAGGGGAGAGGUGGUAUGGGAAAGAGCUACCAGGAUAGACAAGAUUUUCGGGAGUGGACUAGGUAGUGGUGAGUAG